AUGCAGCAAAUUGAGAGCGAGCUUCACAAACUUGUUGCAACUACUUUGGGGAAACGAAAGGCGACGGGCGAUCUUCAAGAAUUUGAUAGAAGGGUUGAAGAGUUUGAAAGAAGGGUUGAGGAAGAAAUGAAUGACGGCUGUACCUUUCUUCACGAAGAUAUCAAUGCAUUCGAGAUCGUCAUGUCAAAUAACGCCUUCAUAGUUCAAAUCUUGAGGAUGAACAGAAUACGGACGUUACUUUCUUGGUAUCAUCACCGUGGUAAAAAGCCGAACCAGGGCAAUGCCCUAAACGGUCUCUGGCCUUUUCUCAGAUCCGAUAUGAGGAUCAAAACGAUCAAAUCGAUCAAAUCGCUCUCGGGAUCUCCUUUGGUACAUACUUGUAAACUUGAGAGAAUCAACAAAGAUCUCAACAUUCUACUCAUUGAUUGGAACAAGGUCGCGCGUGGGAAAGACAAUUUGGUGUCAGACCACCUUGGUGGAUUGUUUGAACAAGUAGAGAAAUGUGGAAAGAACAUCGUGAAAGAGGUUCAGAAUUUAAAAGAUAAGUCGUCCCCCAUCGCGCGCUUAUCAGUAACACUUUUUUCAACACCGAACGGGAACCGGUAG